UGAAUGCCUCAUCCAUUCACCAACCAUGAGGGCACAUAAUGAGUCCAGAAACGAAAUGUACAUGAGUCGCCAACCGUGUGGCGCAUGGACGAACAGAGUCCAUCCAUCCAUCCAUCGCACAAUGCAUUCACACGUAUCUGUCAGCCCACGGCCCGAACAGCUUGGUUGCCGUUCCUCCCAACACCAUGUCCAGCUCCUCCUCAUAGAGCGGCACCCUCUCAGCCCACUCAUCCACCAACACACGCGACGCACCGGCAUACUGGCAGUCGUCUUGAAGCGUCACAAAGGGGAAGUCGCUGCCCCACAUCAGGCGGUGGCAGCCGGCCACAGACAGCAACUCACGCAUCAACGGCAACAGGUCACUGUAGGGGUAGCCCUCAACCGAGUUACGAAAGAAGGCAGACACCUUCUGCACCACACAGACACGGAUACACAUGAGUGCUCUGUUUACGGGCUUCUUGUGCCGUCGUGUGCGCAUUGCACUGACCACAUGCAUCUGUGGUGAUCGCUCCAGUGCGUCGAGGAGCUGUCUGAACGACCCCAUGUCGAGCUGGCCGUCUUGCAUCACAAAGCCAAAGUGGUCGAUGAUGCAGGGGGUGGACGGGUGGUUCUGGGCCAGGUCGUUGAUCUGGUCGGCAUACGUCGCAAACGAAGCCAUACAGAGGAACCCCACAGGCGCAUUCAGCUGCCCGCACCGCUCGUACAUGGCCUGGCCCACCUGAUCGAUACACAUACAUACACACACACGCGUGUGCUGUGCACCGCAGUUGCGUGUGCUUUCACUUUUGCUCACUCCACUCACGUCAUCGUUCAUCUUGACGUCUGGCGGCCACAGCUUUGGGUUGAAGCGAACGCCGACCAGAGGAAAGUCGCCAGGCGCCAAGGCAUCACUCGCCGGGUCGAUGAGGUCAUUCAACCGCUGCCUGGCCUCGUCAGAAGAGCCGGAUGGAUCCGCCAGCGCCAUACCCUUGAAGUAACUGGGAAACUGGCGCAACACCUGAAGACACAUGGGUAGCUAUCGAACGUGAAAGUGUGCAGUGCUGUGCUGUGCAGGUCUAUCUGUACCUUUCUCAUGUAUGAGUGGUCGAAUUUGUGGUUGAUGGGUUGAACGAGCAGCGCCCCCGACACGCCGGCCUCUCCCAGUAGAGCCACCAGGUCCUCCCCCGACGCACUCCCCUGCAGCUCCUUUGGCGGCUCACCACCCGCCCACUCAUGAGGCUCGGUCCCGUUGGACCACACGUGGACAGCCGAAUCGAUGACGAACCUGUCCAUGCCGCUGCUGCCCUCUGUGUCGAUGGGAAUGCCGCCCGGCAUCACGGAAAAGAUCGGGCGGGGCCUCCUCCGCCGCGUCAGCAUGAGAUGGGGAGCAGUAACAGGCUGCAGAAAGCUGAAGCUUUGUCUUGGUCGGCGCCGCAGCACAUUGGUUGAAGUGGCCAUGUUCCUGAUGAUGAACAGGAGCGCCAGCAGAGAGAGAAGCGCGGUGCGGCUGAUGAAACGGAUCAUUGACACGGCAGGAGUCGGGCACAGACUGUCAGGAGAGGCUAUGCGAUGCUGUAUUGCCUUCAAAACCCUUCAAAACACGACUUCGGC